UGUCAGGGACUCAGUGAGAUGAUGAGAAGUGUGACAUACCAGCAGGUUGAACUGGUUGAACAGGUCUUACUGAUGGUAGAACAAUCUCAUUUCUGUCCUUCUCUCAAUUCGUGCUUGUUUGGGAUUUGUUGGACAUUCACUGGAACUACUGCCCUGAGCAAACCAAGAUGGACUAUUGUGGACUAAAGGAGAUAUUUUUUAAGAUCCAUAACUCUGCCAACAAGCUUCUGACCUCAGCUCUGGUGCUGUUUACUGAUCUCACAGCUGGAAUACUUGGUCAUUUGUUAUUCAGACGGCAUUUUCACUGCCUCCUCUCUCUGCUGGUGCUGUUUGGACCUGUUCUGAGUCUUUGGGUAUCCAAGUACAGCAUAUUUGCCAACAAGAAUCACUACCUGUACAGGGUAUUCCUGCAUUCAUGCUGGGGCUGGACCUGCAUAUUAUGCGGCUCUUUCGUCUUUCUUCUGUCAUACUGCAUCAGUAACUCUCUCGUUCACUCAGUCCGUCACCUCUCUCGGCUCGCUGUGACCGGGACCCUGUGGACACUGUUCCGUCGUCUUCUCUCCUUCCUAGUGGACGCCUCAGGAAGCUGUUUUGAGCCACUACAAAGCAGCACAGAAGUUUGCAGGAACCCCGGGGAGCUCCUGGACUCUGAUACGGGCCCCUUAUUACUACUGAGAGAGGAGAAGGGUAAAGCAGCCUGCCUUAGGGCCGGGCUACAAUGGCAGGGAUGUGAGGUGUCUGAUGAAAUUCUGAUUCUAAGUUUAUGUUGUUUGAUUCUUGUUGAGGAAAUAGCCGUUUUUGGGCCCUGCAUGGCUCUAGGAAAGCCUCCGGGAGCGCCACUGAGGAUUCUCUUCAUGCUGUGUGUGUUGUUGAUGAGUCUCUGGAUCUUCCUGAUUCUCUGCUUGCUAGCACACUUCCCACAGUUCCCUUCCCAGCUGGUUGGAGGAGCUCUUGGGUAUUUGGGGUGGAAGGGACUUUAUAAGAGCUGUAAUGUUUUAAAGCCUGGCUGGUGCUGUCUUGGAAGUAAAAGAGCUUUGCAUUUGGACAUCACAAGUAAAACUGCUGUAAUAGCAUGUAAAGGAAAUCAGGAAUAAUAUAUAUAUAUAUAUAUAUAUAUAUACACAUAUAUAUACACACAUAUAUACAGUGUAUAUAUAUAUAUAUAUAUAUAUAUAUACAGUAUAUAUAUACAUAAUAUAAACCAACAUAUGACUAGAACUCAGAGUUAUCACAAAUGAAUUAUAGGCUGAAUAGCUAGAUUUAAGUACACAAUCAGAUUUAGGUCAACCAAUUAUCAAGCAAUGCUUAAUUUUGUUCAGUCAAAGGUCGCUUUAGAAAUUAAGGGGGGAAAAACACUUAAGCAAGCCAUGGACAGGUCAAAGUGUCUGAAUAAUGUUUCUAUUCUGAUUUUUUAUAUAUAUUACUGUAUGAAGAAUUUUUGGAUUAAAUAUGUCAUAGUUUACUUUAUUUUGCUAUCCUCACUUACACAAAUGAAAUAUAGAGUCCUGCACCCACUAAAAAAAUUACAUCUGGUGUCUGAAUAAUUUUUGGUUUGUGUGUGUGUUAUUUUCAAAAUUAACUAAUACAUUUUUUUUAAAUUAAAAGUUGUAUCUGUGUUGAAUUUAGAGGUCCAGCAAAGAAAUGUGUUGCUCGCUCAUUAUUAAUUAAUGUUGGUUCUUGCAUUAACUAAAGUUAAUUAAUAAUACCUUGUUGUAAAUUGUUACCAGUUUAUAAAAACUUUUAAAAUUAAUUACUCUCUGCAUUUAUU